AUGACCGUUAAAGGUUCAAAUUUGAAAACCCUAUCAGCCUAUCCCGUUAAAUCUCGUUUAACGCUACCUUUUUCCAAAGAGAAAAGCAAAACGGUAAACCAGAGACAAGAAGCGAUGAAACCCCCGCUAAGUGCAUUAUCAUCUUCAGUGAAAUCGACCACCACCACUAUGGAAGAUGAUAUCUGUAGUGAAACUCGAGACAGCUGCUAUUACCCUGGAUGCAGAAAAGACGCCAAUUGCAACUGUGAAAUUUGUUUGGCCAGCAUCAGCGCUACUCUUGAUCUCAUGCCUGCUAGCAUCCAAAAGAGCUCCUUCACUAAGCUCUCAUCUUCGAAGCCUAAUGUUGUAGAUCAAACCCCAAUCUCUUUCGAUCCUUCGAUUAUGUCAACACCCAGAUCGAGUUCUUGCUGCCUCGUGGAGUCUCCGGCUCUGAAAUCAACUGCCAGAUUAAUUUACAGAGAGAAGAAGGAGAAGAAGGGAAAAAAAGGUAGUUUUCAGGGUGUAUUUUGGAAGUUUCUUUUGGGUUUGAGCUUGGUUUUUGGAAUGGAGACUGGGCUUUUAUGGGUUUUUGGUGGGUUUCUAAAGCCAACGUUGACAAGGGAUAUUGUUAGAAGUAUUGGCGAGAAAGCUUUGGUUGUGCAAGAUUUGAAUGGAAAAUUGAGGUUCUUGCAAAAUGAGCUGGAGGGAUUUGCUAAUGGGAAGGUUUCAAAUUGCAGCAAUACGGAUUCCAUAUGGGAAAUUGAUCAGGGUAGUUUGCUCCUGAAUUCGCAUUGUAUAUUGUACAAAUCGGCAAUGGAAGAGGUCAGGAUUUGGGGAUGGCCUCUGCAAACGGCAGGAUUGCUUACAACUAGAUUUUCUUCCAGAUCAUUUACCAUCUUAUCUGGCAGAGUAACAGAAUGGUCCAAUGGAAGGAUUGGAUUUGUAACUAGAAUAGCAAAUGCUUCAUGGGUGCAAAGGAAAUGGGGUGCUUCUGUCAUUCAAUUGGAUCCUAAUACGUGGAUUAUUGAGUAUCGGCAGAGCUCAUUUCUGGAAAAUCCAAGAUUGUUUUCAGCAACAAUGGAGCUGUUGAAAUAUGGGUUGACAACAAUGGUAAGAAAGAUGACUGAAGAGUUGUUGCUGUUGUCUGUUUUUGAAAACCAAUACAAUGAAUUUGCAGGAAAUGAACAAGGUAAGAUCCCAACCUAA